ACUGAAAACCAUGUAACCCGGUGUACUAAUUCAGACCAUCCAACUUGACGUCGUCUGCUCCUCCGUGUAACAGCUUCUAUACGAACAAUUAAACUGUGCCUGAGAUUAAACACCCACUUUAUCAUGCAUAUUUAUCUUUUCACCGUAUUUUCUGUGUUGGUGCUGCGAGAGGUGGAAGGCUGGGGGACGAGUGCCAAGUAUGCGGUGAAUUGCCCAGAGCGCUGUAAUGUGGAUUUGUGCGGAACUCAAAGAUGCAGACGGACGGUUCUGGAUGACUGCGGUUGCUGUCAGGUCUGUGCCGCGGGCAGAGGAGAGCAUUGUUACCGCACUGUCUCUGGAAUGCACGGCGUGAAGUGUGGACCAGGACUGUUCUGCGAGUUCUACAAAGAUGAGGACGACUACGGAGACGAGUACGGCAUUUGCAAAGACUGCACGUUCGGAACAUAUGGCGUUGAAUGCCGCAAAACCUGCAGCUGCAAGGCUGGUGGCAUCUGCGACAGGAUAACUGGGGCCUGUCUCUCCUUCAAAUUCCUCACAAAGAUGGCGUCUGCCCAGGCCAGCGGCCAGAAGGCUCAGCCCUUGGCAGGGAAUGAAGGAUCUGGGGACAUCAGCACCAGUGUGAACGGAGAUCUGCUCAAGGAGAAAUCCUCCACUCCAAAGUGGCUCAACCCACGCUGACACGCAUCGCACAGACCUAGGUUAUUCAGUGUAAAUGUAGCAAAAUGUAGUAAAUUAAAUGAUUUAAAAGAUAUAUUUUAUUAUGUUAAAACAAUGCAAAUAAUUAUAUUGAGAGUUUUAUACAAUAUUACAGAAUGUUGGUUUGUGUUGUAUUUCUGUUUUUCACCAAAGCUGAUCCCUCCCCUGUAAUUAAGCAUUGUGUAUACUAGCAGUUUCAUUUUAAUCUAUUGACUGAAUAAUGAAUCUUUGAACUGAAUUGGUGGCCUUAUAAUUUUGGUUUCAGUAAUGUUUCAAAACCUUUAGAAUUCUGUGUGAAAUUUUGUACAACCUGAAACUAAACCUAAAUCUAACACUAA